CAGAGUGGUGCCAACUGAGCUUCCUCUGCCUCAGCCAAAAGCAAGCACGGCCUCCUCUCCCCCACACACCACGCCUACGCCCCGAGUGCCCGACAGGCCACAUCAAUCACGCAGCCAUAGUACCAGCAGCUGCUACUAUCGCUAGGGAGCUCGGCGAGUGCGACGCCGAGGGGGAUCGAGAUGGCGGGCGGCGGAGGGCUGGGGAAGGUGAAGGCGGGGAGCCGGCCGCCGUGGGUGGGGCUGGCGGCGGCGGUGUGGGUGCAGGUGGCGGCCGGCAGCGCCUACGUCUUCCCGCUCUACUCCCACGCCGUCAAGGAGGCGCUCGGGUACAACCAGAAGGCGCUCACCAUGCUGGGCGUCGCCAACGACGUCGGCGAGAACGUGGGGCUCGUCCCCGGGGUGCUCGCUAACCGCCUCCCGCCCUGGCUCAUCCUCCUCAUCGGCUCCGCCUGCGCCUUCUUCGGCUUCGGCACCGUCUGGCUCGCCGUCACCAAGACCGUCGCCAUGCCCUACUGGGUGUUGUGUAUAGCUCUAUGUGUCGGCACAAACAGCAGUGCAUGGUUGGGAACUGCGGCGCUUGUGACCAACAUGAGGAACUUCCCUCUGAGUCGAGGAACCGUUGCUGGUCUCAUCAAAGGUUAUGUUGCUGUUAGUGCUGCUGUCUACACGGAAACGUUCAAUGGAAUGCUUAACAAUUCACCCACAAACCUUUUGCUAUUGCUUGCUUUGGGGAUCCCGGUAGCAUGUGUUGUGGUGAUGUAUUUUGUUAGGCCCUGCACCCCAUCACUGGAUGAGGAUAAUGCAACCGAACACAGCCACUUCGUGUUCACACAGGUCUCUAGUGUGGUUCUCGGCGUAUAUCUUAUGGUGGCUACAAUACUCGGCGAUACUUUGAACCUAAGCGCGACUAUCACCUACCUUUUGUUUGGUAUAAUGAUACUCCUGCUCCUUUCUCCACUUGCCAUACCAAUCAAAAUGACACUUUAUCCAAGCAAACCAAAGGAGGAGAAGGCCAGCACCCUGCUUGUUCCAUCUUAUUCAACGGAUAGUUUGUCCGGUGCGGAUCAAGAGAAUGGAGAACCGCUUCUGCGUGGCACUUCGGCGACGUUUGUUCCAGGCAACAAUGAUUCUGAUGAGACUGAUCUGGAUGUUCUGCUGGCUGAGGGUGAGGGAGCAGUGAAUUUGAAGAAGAGGAAAGGACCAAGAAGAGGGGACGAUUUCACAUUUGCUGAAGCCUUAGUAAAGGCAGAUUUCUGGCUACUGUUCAUUGUAUACUUUUGUGGUGUUGGCACUGGUGUCACUGCUCUAAACAACCUAGCUCAGAUUGGGACUUCUGUUGGUGCUAAUGACACAACUGUUUUGUUGUGCCUCUUCGGCUUCUGCAACUUUGUUGGCCGUAUCCUUGGUGGAUCUAUCUCUGAAUAUUUUGUAAGAACAAGAAUGCUUCCUCGUCCUUUCUGGAUGAUGUGCACACAAAUAAUCAUGGUGGUAACCUUCCUCCUUUUCGCGACCGGUCUCCACAGCCUGAUCUACGUGUCAACGACGCUGCUGGGGAUAUGCUACGGGGUCCAGUUCGCGGUCAUGAUACCGACCGUGUCGGAGCUUUUCGGGCUCAAGGACUUUGGGUUGAUGUACAACUUCAUGCUCAUGGUGAACCCGAUCGGCGCGUUCUUUUUCUCGGCCCUCCUUGCCGGUUACGUCUACGACAAGGAGGCGGAGAGGCAGAACCCGGGCGUGCUGGACCCUUCAAACUGCUUUGGACCUGACUGUUUCAGGCUCACAUUCUACGUCUGUGCCAUGGUGUGUUGCUGCGGAACCCUGAUCUGCCUAGUUUUCAUCGCGAGGAUCAAGCCGGUUUAUCAGAUGCUAUAUGCUAGUGGGUCGUUCAGACACCCUCGACAGCAGCAGCUGUACUGAUGGAGUAAGUGGCAUCAAUAGAAAAGCUUGCAAGUAUGAGAAAAGAAAAGAACAGAGGAAGUUGUCAGCUGGUUGUCUGUAAUUCUGCCUUCUUCUUGCAUCAUAUUGCAGCAGCGUAUAUUAUCCCACGGUUGUUUGCUUGAUUCAUCCCUUGUUGGUAUUGGAGCAUAUGAGAGAGUUCUCUUGAUUCCAUAAUUUGUUCAUGUUGUGUAAGGUAUAUACAGCCGAUCGUCGACGAUAGCGCUGGACGGAAACUUGGGGGUGUGUAUAUAUGAGCAGAUCUUGUACUAUUGUAAAUCAGGAGACCAGGGAGGUUUCGGGCAUGCUGUGCAGUGGGCAGUAUCUUCUGCAUUCCCCUUCGUGGUGCCACGAGUUUAUUAUGUAUUAUAUAUCAAUCUCAGCAAUAGCAUCUUGUAUUGUAUC